CGAGACGGGAACCAAAGCGCCGACAAGCUCGCCAGUGCUGCCUUGCAACGCGAAGAAGGCGAGAUCGUGACAGCCGAGGAAGAACGGCAGGACUUGAUCACGCUGAACAGAUUGCACGAAAUACUGCAACCGAAGUCGACCAGAUCAGUGACUCGUGUGAACGCAGUCACUCGAUCUGCAGUUAGUCGAUCUUCGCCACCGGCGGCGAUGGAUGAAUCUGUUGUUCAACGCAUACGGAGUCAGCGGAUCAAGCAGGCACAAGACGAGGAGAAGUGGAUCGCAGAUCUGAAGGCGUACCUGAAUGGUGACCUGAACGGUCUGUCGAAGGAAGAUGCGAAGACAUGCUCGAAGAUCGCAGCGACGUAUGAAGUUGACGAAGACGGACUGUUGUUCUACUGCCCGAAGACCUUGACCCGAGACGAAGAUCGCGACGAUGUUGUCAGACUGGUGGUGCCGGAAAGCUUGCAACAGGAUUUCCUCCACCAUUACCACACGAGCCUGGAAGGAGGUCACCAAGGUGUCGGGAGAACAUACCGCAGAAUCCGGACGCGUUUUCACUGGCGUAAUCUGUACCGAAGUGUCCAGCGCUACGUGGGGGAAUGCACAGAUUGUGAGACGGGAAAAGGGAAACCCACAGAUCAAGGAAGAUCGCCGGGGAAUGUGCAAGGCACGUACCCGUUUCAAGUCAUAUCCAUGGACCACAUCCCAUCGCUACCGAAGUCCUUUAAAGGGAACACGGAGUUGCUGAUCUGGGCAGACCUGUUCACCGGGUACGUGAUCGCCAAGGCUGGAUCAUCGCGGGGAGCUCAAGCGGUGGCGAAUGUGUCUUCAGGCGGUUCGGUGCAAGUGAAACAAUCAGGCACGAUCGAGAACCAGGAUUCAUGGCAGAUUUCUUCCGCGCGUUUAAUCGGAUUGUGA